GUCAGCGCCACUUAUGCCUGCUAGCGUUACACCUGCAAGAUUCACAAUUUCAGUUCUUGGUCUAGUUUACUUUUUUGAGCAGUUGAUCUUCGUUUGAUAUAAAUGUCAAGAGGAUUAUUCAUUUGUCGACUGUUACAUCAUUGAUAUAUUGAAGAGUUAUAAAAAAAUAACUUUGACAUUUGUGUCCAUCAACAACUUAUUUCUGCAAAAUGGAGAUUGUUCAGCGUCACUCUGUGCAUACACUUGUUUUUCGCUCUCUCAAGCGAACUCAUGAUAUGUUUGAAGCUGAUCAGAGUCGCCUCCCAGAAAUUGACAAAAAAAGUAAUUCUCUAAAAGUCGCUAUAAAAGCUAAAGACCAGUAUGGUCCAGUUCUAAAAGAACCCAACCAGAAUCCACUAAAACCUAAAGAAGCUUCGGACACAUCACAAUCUGGAGCUAUUGUUCCAUCUGACAAAGUAAAGCCUAAGUCAGCAUUGGAGCAAAACUCUUCCGUAGUUCAAAUCGGCAAUGAAAAGCUACUUCUCCCGAAAAAAGCUCCUACAAUGCCCAAACCAACAUGGCAUCCACCCUGGAAACUGUGUCGCGUUGUUAGUGGUCAUACCGGAUGGGUUCGUUGCGUUGCUUUCGAUCCAACCAACGAUUUCUUUGUUACAGGCGCAGCGGACCGGAUGAUUAAGGUUUGGGAUUUCGCCAGUGGAACAUUAAAACUUACACUUACUGGUCAUAUAAGUACAGUUAGAGGGGUUGUUGUUAGUGCUCGUCACCCCUACUUGUUUUCUUGUGGGGAAGACAAAACUGUCCGCUGUUGGGAUUUAGAACAAAAUAAGGUGAUUAGACAUUACCAUGGACAUAUGUCUGCUGUUUACGAUAUUGAUCUUCACCCAACAAUCGAUGUGCUUCUUACAUGUGGUCGAGAUGCAACUGCACGAGUAUGGGACAUGAGAACCAAAGUUAAUGUUCAUACUUUAACAGGACAUUCAAACACAGUAGCAACCGUACGUUGUCAGGAAUCUGAUCCUCAAGUUAUCACUGGUUCUCAUGAUUCCACCGUUCGCUUGUGGGAUUUGGCAGCAGGACGUACUUUAGCUUGUCUUACAAACCACAAGAAAUCGGUUCGUGCUGUUUGCAUUCAUCCAACUCAGAAUGCAUUUGUCUCCGGUUCUCCUGAUAAUAUAAAGCAAUGGAAACUUCCUAAUGGUGUUUUUCUACAAAACCUCUCUGGACAUAAUGCUAUCAUAAACACUGUUGCCAUUAAUCAAGACAAUGUGGUCGUCAGUGGAGGUGAUAAUGGCAGCGUUCACUUUUGGGACUGGAAAUCAGGUUACAACUUCCAGCGCCUUCAAGCCCAAGUUCAGCCCGGUAGUAUCGACUCUGAAGCUGGAAUAUUUGCCCUAGCUUUUGAUCGCAGUGGAUCUCGUUUGGUCUCAUGUGAAGCGGAUAAAACGAUUAAAAUUUUCAAGGAAGACGAGACAGCGACGGAAGAAACACAUCCACUAUACUGGCGUCCUGGACUACUAAAGAAGGCCAAAUAUUGAUCCAUGUCCAUAUUACAAUUAUGUAUGAUAUGAACUCAGAACUUUGUUUUCAUGUACAAUAAAAAGCUGUUUAAGCAUUUUUCUAACA